AUGGGAGAACCCAACCAUGGGAUGGGCUUCCAGGUACAGUCACUCGUUCAUGUGAUGGUCAGACAUGCCGACCCUCUCAGUAACCUUGAGAUGGACUUCCCCACCAAAGAGGAUGCUAUCGCUUUCGCUGAUAAGAUGGGAUGGACGCCCGAGGUGACUGAACCUAACAUCAAGACUUUUAAGAAGAAAUCUUAUAGUGCAAAUUUCGCCUGGGAUAAGCGCACCCGAGUAGCCACCAAAUAG